AUGUUAAAUACCUUAAAUACCCGCCUAGUUCGUCUUAUUCGUGAUAAACGAUUAAGUGUUCCAGUUCUGAGAUGCUUCCAUGAUGAAUUUACAAAACCUGCAAUAAAACCUAUCGAUGCAAAGAAACAGGCCAAGAGCGGCGUUCAGGAAACUGAAGAACAAUCAGUGCUUACCGGCGCCAUGCGACACAAAUUCAAAGAGUUUCGGGAAGAAGAAUCACCGGAAAUAUUGGAUGUUGUUGAGGAACGGGAACGCUAUCAAACACAAGAUGAACCCGAUGAUAUGUACAGUGAUAUUUAUCAGGGACUUAAUUUGAAAAGAGGUGUACAUGGUGUCUUUGAUGUAGAAGACUUGGUGGACGUUUUACGCAAAGAAAGCGCCGAGGAUAUUUUUGUAUGCUCUGUACCCAAAGAACUCAAAUAUGUUGACCACAUGGUAAUCUGUAGUGGUCGUAGCUAUCGUCAUAUGUUAGCCACAGCUGAAUUUGUGAGACGAGUCUACAAAAUGAAACGACAAAAAGGUGAUGUCCUACCCAAAAUUGAAGGAGAAAAGAGUCGAGAUUGGAUGGCCAUGGAUUUGGGUAAUAUAGCUUUACAUAUUUUCUCUCCCAAAGCCAGGGAAACAUAUGAUCUAGAAUCGCUGUGGGCAAUUGGUGUAGAAUACGAUAGAGAAUAUAAUAAACCUCAAGAUCCGCUGGUGGAACUCUUCGAAAGACAUUCAACUCUGUUAGCUGAUAUAAAACCUCCAAAUCAGUUGUAA